GGGAAGUGCAGCUGGUUUUUCUUGCUCCUGUGUUCAUGGCAUUCUGCAAGCAGCAUGCUUAAGUGAGCAGGAGGAGAAACCAUGCUGGCCCCUGCAGUUUCAGCACGGUAGUUGGAUAUAAACAUACCCAGUGAUUUUCUGGCUCCAAACUACAAUUAUUCAGGAAGCUCAUUCUGCAGCUGCAGUGGAUGCAAUCUGAAGGCUUGCAGGGAGCACUGGCCAGGAGGCAAGGACAUCCAAUAAUCAGGAAAAUGACUGCCAUUCCCAUGGAAGAAACAAAGGAGAAACCUUUAUUUCUUGUGUAGCUGGAAGGAAAAGCAAUACAACCUGGCCACUCAGUGAAUUGAAAGAAGCAUUUUUCAAAUUACCUCUCGACUGUGUGGAUCUUGCAUCUCUGACACAAACGUGCCUUUGGGCUUGUGCAAAUAAAUCACUGGAAGUAUUGAUUGGGCAAAGUGAUCAUUGGCAGAGUGGCUGUUGAGGAAUCAUGACAAAGCACUUGGAGAUCAUCAAUUUGUCAUUUUUGUUGGAACAUGAAAGGGAAACAAUAUUAGGAGUAUUGAAGAGAGAUGAGUACUUGAAAAAAGUUGAAGAUAAAAGAAUAAGGAAGUUGAAAAACGAGCUUUUGGAAGCGAGGAGGAAAGGUGGCAACCGCCACUCUGACCAGGACAACAGCAGGGUCUGUGUUCGCUGCCAGAAGGGCCUGGGGCUGAUCUUUGACAGGGGAGAGCUGUGCCAGAGCUGCAAGCUGCGGGUGUGCAGCGCCUGCUGCGCGGCCGGAGCCCACGGCCACUGGAGGUGCUCGGUGUGCGCCAAGAUCGCAGAGCUGCGGAUAGUGACUGGAGAAUGGUUUUUUGAAGAGAGAGCAAAGCGCUUCAAACAAUCAAAUCUCGGAACUGAUGUUGUCAGACAGUCAAUCCUUCACAAAUUCCCAGACACAGUUUCCAGUGCAGAUGACGAAAAAAGAUCCAAAGAUCAACCCCAAGAAAAUGAAGAAAAAAAGCCAGAUGUCCCAUUCUGCUCCACAAAUGGACACAAAUCUGUCUUUAGCAGACCUAGAAAGAUUGGGAGGGUUAUCAGGGCAGUUACCAAAGGAGAAAUGACGUUUGGAAAAGAUGAAGGUGAAAGGAGCAGAGGCUCAGAGGCUGAGAGCCCAGGUCUGCGUGGUGGCAGAGCAGCUCCGUGCUCCGAGAGAGGGAGCACGCUUUCGCUGGCCAGCAGCAGUGCAGGAGCUGCUGCAGGACCUGCAAGGGGCAGAGGCAGCGCUGCCAAGGCUUCCCCGCGGCGCUCCCCGGCGCUCAGCACCCGCAGCAUGACCACGGACUGCAGCGGGGACACUGGCUUGGAAAACAGCAUGAUUAUUCCAGCAAGUGAAAGUGUACCUGAGGAUUUAGUAAAGAAGCACAGCAGGAAACCAUCUGGAACACCUUCCAUUGCAGUUUCUAGGAUAUCUUUGUCAUCAGACCGUAGCCGAUCUGAGAUAGAUUUGAGUGAAUCUUUCUCUGAAGGAAAUGAGGAUACCCUGAGCAUAAGAAGCAAAUCUGUACCUAGUGCCUUAGAUCAAGAAUUGGGCUAUCUGGAUGAAACAGAAGAAGAUAUUGAUGACAUAGUGGCCUCUUGUUAUCCAAGAAAACAUCAACACAUGACAAGUGGACUAUCAACAACCAGCAUUAACAGCAUGACGAGUGUGUACAGCGAAACUGGGGACUAUGGCAAUGUCAAGGUCAGCGGUGAAAUCCUCCUCAGCAUCAGCUACAUCUACAAAACUGGUGCCCUGAACGUCGUGGUGAGGAGCUGCAGGAACCUGGCCAUUGCAGACGAGAGGAAGCAAAGGACAGACCCAUAUGUCAAAGCCUACCUGCUGCCUGACAGGUCCCGCCAAAGUAAGCGCAAGACCAAAAUUAAAAGUAACAGCACCAACCCGGAAUUUAAUGAGACUCUGAAGUAUGUCAUCAGUCACUCCCAGCUGGAAACCAGGACCCUGCAGCUUUCUGUCUGGCACUAUGACAGAUUUGGACGCAACAGCUUCCUUGGGGAAGUGGAAAUUCCAUUUGAUUCCUGGAACUUUGAGAAUCAGGGCGAUGAGUGGUUUGUGCUCCAGCCUAAGGUGGAGGCUGUGACAGAUUUUGGGCUUCAAUACAAAGGAGAGCUGACAGUGGUUUUACGUUAUAUUCCCCCAGACAGAAACCUAAUGCUUCCUCUGGGGCAGUUUCAAGGAAAGAGAGGAUUUAAAAAAGGAAAAAAAGGAGACUCUCAUCUGCCAUCUGGAGGCAUAUUGGAAGUCCUCAUCAAAGAAGCAAAGAAUUUGACAGCAGUGAAAUCAGGAGGCACAUCUGAUACUUUUGUGAAAGGAUACCUGCUCCCAGAUGACAGCAAAGCUACCAAACACAAAACUCCCAUAGUGAAAAAGAGUGUGAACCCCCAGUGGAAUCACACCUUUGCCUUCAGUGGCUUGAACUCAAGGGACAUUCGGAAUGUGUGCCUGGAGCUGACUGUGUGGGACAAGGAGUCGCUUUCCAGUAACAUUUUUUUGGGAGGUGUCCGUUUGAGCACUGGAAAUGGUGUAAGCAAUGGCAGGGAGGUGGACUGGAUGGACUCUCAAGGGGAAGAGCAGCUCCUCUGGCAGAAGAUGAUCGACAGUCCAGGAGCUGCAGUGGAAGGGGUGCUGAUGCUGAGAUCCAGCAUGGGGAAACGCAGACUCUGAACAGUUCAGCUGCUGGGGGGUGCCACAGGUACUCCUGGCUUCAGGCUCUUGUCACUUUACCCAUUUGAACAUGAGAGAGGUUGUACUCUUUGCCUUGGAUAUCAAGGCUCUGAGUGAGACUUUAAUGCAUUCUGCACUUUCAUGCACACGUUCUUUACCCAGGCUUCUCGUGUGAAUCGUUUCUCCUGAAGCCAGUAAGAACUGGACCCAGUACAGAGAUCAGACUGGAUUUCUCUGUCCCUUCUGCUGGCUGGUGUGCAGCUGAUGAACGUUCUGCCCGGGGACUGCUCAGAGUGAGCACAUUCGUGUGCAGGAGAUUCAAUGCCAGGGGUGUGAAUCUCCUGGCUCAGACACGGCCCAGAAGGCAGCAGUGGUGCAGUGCAAGCAGGUCCAGAGCGAGUCUGCGCUUUGGUGUUUGUAAGUUAAGAAGCCAUAAUGUCACAAAGGACAGCAAACAGUGUUUCUCUAUCGUGUUUGCUCGUUGGGCUGUGCAGUGGGGCAGCACAACAGGCUUGGGACCAAAGCCCAGCCAAGCAAGGCCAAUGCAGUGUGCUGCACCCUAGAAACAGGCAGCAGUGAGCUGGGGGCAGUGCUGGUGCCUGGCAUCCCCUGGGAAUGCUCAUGCACAUGUAUAAAGGCAGACUUGAUUCAACAUAAUCAAAGAGCCUCUAAUGGAAAUAAAUCAUAACAAAUCCUUCAACACUUUUCCAGAACUACAUGAUGCAACUGUGCUUUUCAUCCAGUUGACAGCUCUAGCCAAGACCUUCUGAUGUCACUGAGCAGAGGGAAUAUGUCCACAUGCCAGUCCCCAUCUGAUGUGUUGCUGAGAUGAGACACAUGGCAGGUUUGGACAGAGUUAGCUAAAACUUGAUUCAACAGAUUGUACAGAACAGAAUGGGAUUAAAGCAAAUGCCAAAAUGAUUUGCAUAACUGUAAAAUGUUCUCUGAAUGGGCUGGGGUCUCAUUCAGGCCCGUGCACAUUAUUUAUAAUCCAAGUAGGACAUUUCUUCUCCCGAACAUCCCCCUGUGGAUUUAGUGAUGAGUAGGUCUUGGCCAAUAAAAUCAUUAAUCUUAUUAACUGUGACAAUAGUUCAACAGUAAUUUUGUGAUUCCUCAAGGUAUAAGACAAAGGAAGAUCAAGAAACUGAGUGAACAGCAUUUCUUCUGAAUUUUCCACAAUUAGAACACAGCUUUCUAUUUGCACUGGUAAAUUAAUCUGUAGCUAUUCCUACAUUUUGAUUUCCCCCCCAAAACUUACUGCAAGAAAUCUAGAUUAAACAACAGAAUAUGAACUCAUAGCUAAGCAACUACAGCUGGAGAUUUCGACAUCUGCAGUUGUCCUAGAGUACAAUUAAGUACAUAUAUUUAGAGCUGAAUUCAAAACCUUAAAAUGCAAUGUUAAUUCUUUUCUUUUUAAGAUAUUAUAUGCUGUUUUUUGUUGGAGUGGCUGGAAACUGCAGGGAAGUUUAUAGCCAGUCUUCUAAAAUCAUAAUAUUAUUGGAUAAAGUAUUUAUAUGUGUUGAAAACAGAGUUUUAAUAAAAUCGUUUCAUUAUGCGUAAGUUAUUUCAAAAUUCUGAUAUGACUUUUAAAAGUCACUGGAGGUACUGCUUGCCCAGUUGGAGACUCACCAUUUUCAGAAAUUACCAAGUCAUCUUUGAAAAUGAAAAUUCUCCUACAGAAUCUCAGACUGGGAACCAAACAUCAGUGGUUAACUCAAGAAAACUGACUUCAUUUUCCUUCUUUAUCUUUUCUUCAUUUUCUUCUGAAGUUCAGCUCAAAUUGGGCAGUGAGGGAAGUCUAGUUUGGUUUUAGCUGACUUUUAAUUUUUCCAACCUAAAUGAUUCUGUCAUUCUACAAUUCUGUGCUGCAGAUGCUGUGAGCUGACAAAUUAGAGCACAAAUAUCAAGCACACAACAUUUUAGGACCUUGUUCUUAUCACAAUAGCCUGUCUUUAAGUAUUAGAUUAUUUUUUAUUAGUAUCUUCCAAAGUGAGACCAAACCUAACUUUUGACACCUAAACUACCUCUCUCUUUAACAGAGUUGUUUCAAAUUGUCUUGGUUGUUUGUACUACAAACUGGAUUUAUUUGGGGAAUAAUAUUACAUUGACAUGUAGGCACAAACUUGUUUUCUUUUUCUUUUGCUAGAAGUUGUUUCAGACAGAAACUUGUUGAAUCUAAAGGAAAUGGUUCUUGGAAGUAAAAUUCCAACUCGAGUUGUAGAGGAACAUUGGUCUGUUGAAUAGCUUCCUUUCCCUAAUUUUGAUGGUGAAAAUGGCAAAAAUAAUAAAAUAACUCCUUCAAGUUGGACCUUGGAAUGGGCAUUUUUUCAUUGGCCAAACUGAAAAAAACCUUAAAAUAAUUUUAAAUUGAAUUUACUUUUGCAUGGAGCACAAGUGUUUGCCUAAUUUUUGAAUGGCACUUCCUAACCUCCUAAGCACGAACAUUUCAGCUAAACCACGUCUUGCUUAGAAACAAAAAAAAUUGUAUUUUACUGCUUCAACUUCUGCACAUUUUGAUCUUAAAGCUGAGUUUGUGAUGAAUGGUCUCAUCUGGGAAGUGUCACCCAGCACAGACAUGGGCUUUAAGCUCUGCCUUUUCCUUCCAAAGGGCCAAAAUGUUACUCUGAGCCCACACCUGAAAUUACAGGCUGGGCUAUGAGCAGGCUGCAGUUCAGCCCAGGGAAGGAACAGUUUCACCUGGGAAGGAAUUCUGCCCAAGGUGGUGGGGUUUGGGUAGAACAGGAAAAUUUCCUUUUGGGUUAGCAGGGACAUUCUGCAGCAUGGAAUCAAUAUAAAAGGUGCCACACUCCCCAGAGCCUUGGGGAGAUGAUGAGCAUGAGAUAAACACUGGAGCAAUUUGGAAAGUUUUGCUGUUCUCUGAUGUUAUCAGCUCAGUUGUAUGAUCUGAUUUAUGGAAAAUGUCACAUUUAAUUAUGUCUCAUCUCUUUGUUCUCUUCUUCUGUAAAGAUGGUUUAUGGUUUGGAAAAAGCACAAGAUGAUUAACUGCAGAUGUGAUUUCUCGUUUCCCGGAUAUUUGAAUUAAUUGCCCAUAAUUGUGCGUCAUCAUGUACUGUGUGUUACCAGGCUGAACAAAAAAGACAGAAAGCCAGGAAUUAGACCAAAGCCUUCCUUUUCUAUCUGUGUUUAUGGUAUUGAAGGUGCAUGAAUGGCUUAUUCAAAGCUAAUUUUUAGGAGGAAAUAGCCACAAUUUUAAAACUGAUUCAUAAACUCCUGUCCUAAGUAAACAGAUACAGCAGAUCUGAUGUUUCUGAAGUCUUUUUCUACACAGACCUGAACAACUGAAGCUGCACCAGUGGAGAAGAAAUCUGCUCUAUGGUGGGUUUAGAAAAGUGUUACAAAACACAUUUUACUCUGCUACAUCUUUUUCUAGCAAGGUUUGUGUUUAAAUUUUGAGAGUUUAAACCAUUAAAGAAGAAUAAAAGUGAAACUUUUGCUGUAAAAGGUCAAGCUGGGCCAACAAACACAUCUAUAGACAGUGCCAAUAACUAUCAAAAAGAGCUGAUGCCAUGGGCUUUCCAAGCCCUGUCAACAGAUUUUGGUAUCUCUGGUAUCUCUGAUGGUUUUUUCUAUCAGCUGUACAGGGACUUAAGGCUUCUAAACUUGCUUGCAUGUUGAGAUACCAGAACCAGGAUAAAAUAAGUUUCAAAUGUCCUUCCUAUCUCCUCUACCUCCACCAUGUUACACUUGAGUGAGAUGAGAGGAAAGCUGCAAAGACUGAGGGCUGCUGUUGCCAUCUUCCCAUGCUAAUCCAAGUGCCACUGCCCUCCUUGGAUGCAUUUCAGAUGCCACAUUUCCAUCCUCCUUUUCCAGCUGUAAUGGUUUAACAGAGAAAGCAUUGGGAUGGUGAGCAUGUUUUGAUCAUGGUACAUUAGAUUAGAAGCUUUUUCUUCUGUGCCUCUUCCAAUACACAUUAUGCUGAGGCAGCAUAAAUGAAGCAUUUUAAUAUAUUAAUCUUUGUUUUUUCUUUUCCUGACUGGUUAAGCUCUGGUAAAUGCAAUUAUUCUAAGUUGUAUUCUGCAAAAUAUCAACUCAACUGUAACAGCAGAGCAGCCUUUCAGCAUCCACUGGUCCUAAUUGAUAAGGAGAAGUAACAGCAGGGUUGCAUUUUAGUCUGGCCUAAUUUUGAUUUCUUGAUGGCUCAGCACAUUGCCCAGCUUCAGGGAUGUAAAGUUUGCAGUUUGCUCUGUAGCAUCAACAAAGAGAAAAGCUGCUUGGGUCUCUUACACCUUUGGAGAAGAGAUCAGAGUCCUGUUUCCACAGCUCUCUGGUUUGUGGGCUCACACAAGAUCAUAAGAGUUGUGCCUGACUCUUUGCCAGGCUCUCUCUUCCCUUCACCCCUCUGGUUCAGCAGCUCUGACCAGAAGGUUCUCCCUGGACACUGAUGCCCAGAAUCUGGGAGGAGCAGCAGGCAGAAGUGAUGGGAGAGCCCCACUUAUUUUCUUCUAUAUGAGGUUAAGACUGAAAUUUUCCUCUGCUAACAUACAGGAUUGAUUUUCAACACUUUGCCACCAUGACAGAAACAAGUAUCUUCUGAGAUCUGACCCAUGCACUUUAUAAUUUUUUUAAACUAUUUUUUUCCUUUUUUUUUUUUCUUAAACACCCAGAAAUGUUAACAUUUGAGAACCCUAAGAAAUUAUGUGAAUUCCAGACUAGGAUGCAGACUUUUAUUUGCAGUGAUGCCCUUGACCACAACUCAGCAGGAGAUGCUGAGGUGCAUGCUAACAGAACCUUACCACUGUGCCCAUGAACUCCCUGAUGAUUUCAUGUUUGCAAAUGCUGUUUAAUAAGUGAUUAUAAUACAGUGUUAAUUAUACUGUGUAUAUUGACACUGGAAACUGAAUCUCAGCUUGAUUUUUUGGUGACUUUUUAGGUUGCUUUUGAAACUCACCCUAGCUGCAUCUCGACCUUUUAUUUAGAUUAUUUAUUUCAACAAUUCUACUUUGUGGCAAUAACAUUUACAUGGCUGUGUGCUGCUGCUCCUGACAGCUCUCUGUAUAUUUUAGAGAAUAGUUCUAAUUGUUGAGGUUUGCCUAAAGCCAAGCACAGUCAUUUGUUGCAGCAAUUAGAGAAUGUCACAUAUCCCUUGUGCUGCCUUUGUUCUGCUUAAAAUCUGUUGCUAGCAAUUUGUUUAAUUAUUCUGGUGGACACGAACAGCAGUGGAAGCAAAUGGCACUGCAGUAUGUUAAGCUCUGCCCAAAUUGAGACAAAGCAAUGUUUUCUGCUGAGAACAUUUUUGUACUGUGUAUUGUAUAUUGUUUUGUGGACAAAGAUGGCUGGUAAGACAUCUGCAGCUGUUAUCAAGGUUUCUGUUAUGUCUUUUAAAUUAAAAUACUGAAAUGUUGCUGUGUCUUCGUCUCUCCUAAAAAUGAAUUACAGGAAAUUAUGUCUCCCAGGAAUAUCCCAUAUUAUCUCACCAAGGUAAAGACAUAAUUUAUAUGUGAUGAGUAAUGCAAGGACCUAGCAUUUCUUCGAAGGUGGGACUCCAUUGAUGGUCUCCCUGUCUCUCCUUUUUUUGUCUUAAAAGCACUUAAAGUUUAGAAAUAAGGCUAUUUUUUAUUUAUAAAUAUUAAAUCUGAUUUUUAAAAAUAUGCAAUUCUAAGGAAAAGGGAAGUACAGCAUUCUCUUUCUCCUUGCUAUAAAAGUAUUUUACAUGUAUAUUCAC